AUGGCGCAAUUCACUAUGGGCAGCUUUGCCCGCUGGUCGAGCAGCAUGCGCCAGUCCGUGGCCUCUCAAACUCGCGGCUAUGCCUCAAAGUCAGCAAUUCCAAGCUUCUCUCAGACCUCCUCCCCCGAACUUGAUCAGCUCCUCUACAAAUUCCGUGAAGAUCGCUUCAUCCCAUCUGGACUCCCGAACCAGCAGCGCCGAAACAUGUUCAAGGAGAAGCACAAGCAGCGACUAGAGGACGAGCCCAUUACCGUGGCAAUUAGCGAGACGGAAGACUUCACAUUGCGACCCAUGAAGAUCAACGAAUUGCCGACGAAAAAGGACGCAUACGAGGCCCUGCGCCUAAUUGCUGAGAACAACGAAUGGAAGGCCCUCGUGCCCUUCCUAAGCGGUCUCUACAUGUCGAACCUAAGACUUAACAACAACCGAUAUGCACAGCUUGUUCGCAAGGCUAGUGCUGCAGGCAAGCUCUCCAUCAUCAUGGAGUGUAUCCGCCAGGGCCACCGCACCGGCUUCCACCUUCGCGAUUUGACCGUUGUGCAACGCCUCUUCUACGAUAUCCACGUUCUUGCGCAAAGUGCCGACUUCAAGGGACCCGCCGUCACCAAGGCAUUCAACAUGGCUAAGCAGGCGGUGGAUUUGAUGGAUCAGGACGUUGCGACGCACACCUCUCUCGCCAAGACCGAGAACCCCAAGCACCAGCCCUACGUUAUCGGCACGCUUCUUGAGCUCAGCGCCGCUCGUGCGAUCAAUGAGUUUGGUGGCAAGGACCAGGCGAACGAGGUUUUGAGCUACGCCCGCAAGUUGGUCGUAUCCUGGCCUGUUUUCAAGGAGCAAAGCGAGAUUGCGGCUGAAGUUAGCUCUGCAUCGGAGCGGGCCCAGCAGAUCGUUUCUGUCUACAAUGGAUUGCGGUUGAGCCUUUCAAUCCACGGAUUGGCUCUGGACAAGGCCCUCCAUGACUCCGUGACGGCGUGCCUGGCUGAGGCCAAGGCCGAGCUGGAGAGUUUUGCGGACGGUGUGGAGCAGGCUUCCGUUCAGGAAUCUGUGCGCUCCGUUCUUAACGCAUAA